UCUUUUUUAUCCAACCUUUGCGAAAUCGACAAUGAAAAACGCAUAUUGUAAUUGCAUGGAUGAUUGUAAAAUAGUAGUCUCACAGUCACAAUAAUGCCACAAUAAUGAUUUUGAUAGUUCCAGCUAUCUCAUUCCACCAUAUAGGUAGGGAGGGGGGUGUUUCUCUUUCAUUUUGCGGUAUUCCUACUGUAUGCGGGGCUCUUUUGUUAGGGAGGGCGGGCCGCAGGAGCACAAUGACUUUUCAGAUAGUAAACCAGAAAUGCGAUGAGGACUGACCAGAGCAAAAUAAUGGCAUGCGACUGCCUCAAGCGCGGGAUAUCCAGCAUUUCCACAAACUGAAGUCGUAGACCUGCCGGAGUAUUUUGGAGAAAUUGCAGAGGUCCUGCGUCUGUUUGAGCAACCAAACGUAAUAGCCAAAGUAACGGGGGAUCCAGGCGCAAGGGCGAGGCGAAGACAUAGGAUAGCAUCGUCAUCAGAUGCGCAAACCGGUGGGGCAGGUUCCAAAAAAGCAGUGGCAAAGGACGGCUAUUUAGGACUUUUUACGCAUUCACGCUUCCCUACUCCGGGCAACGGAAUUCAAAAUGAUGUCACUUAUAGAGUUGAACGAUGACCAGAGAUGGGUGCCUACACAUGUGAAUGUAAAUGUCCUUCGUGCAAGGGGUUUGCGGACGAAGGGCAAGCACGGGAGCCGUUAUGUUUACACCAUCAUUCAGGUUGGGAAGGAGAAAUACACCACCGGUUUGGUCGAAAAGGCGACCGUGCCAGAGUGGAAUGAGGAAUGUUGUUUCGAACUUCUCCCCGGAAUACUGGAGGCUGGGGGUCGCAGUGCUUUUCCCUCAGGGAGCGGUGACUUGGUCCUCACCGUCAUGCACCGGGUGCUUAUCGGACUUGACGUGUUUCUUGGUCAAGCAAUCAUCCCUCUGGAUAAAAUAUUUCAAGAUGGAAUGUGUCCUAGAGAUGAAUGGCUCAAGCUCAACUCCAAGGCCGGUCGGAAGGAGAAGGAGCGUGGCGAGAUGCAGGUGACUGUCCAGUUCACACGCAAUAACAUGACGGCCAGCAUGUUCGACCUUACCAUGAAGGACAAGCCGCGCUCUACCUUCGGCAAACUCAAGGACCGCGUGACGGGGAGGAAGAGGGGUGACGUGGAGUCCUCCUCGGCCAUUGUGCCAGGACGCUUCGCCGCCCUGUCGAGUUCCCUGGGGCAGCCAUUCGGGGAGGGGGGCGGAGGGGGAGGGGGAGAGGACCCCGGGGAGGUAGAGGUAGCCGAGGAGAAGCGGAGCAAGGUGAAGGAUUUCUUCCUGGGGAAGGGAAAGCUGCGGAGGUCAUCUGACACAAGGUCGUGCUCGUCGCUGGCCUCGGAGAACAGUGUGUCAUCCGCGAUCAGUGAGAGCCCCUGCCCCCCUCCUCUGGCCCUAGGCCUCCUGGUGGACCCCCCCAGCUCUCCCAUCUACAGCAGCAAGGUCAAAGUAGACACCCACCACGGAGAUACAGACCUAGUUAAAAAAGUGCUCACCAGCACACAGUCUUCCCCAAAGAUAUUGACCCACAAGCGAGCCUUCAGCGACGAGGCGAAUAGGAUCACCACUACUGCCAUUCCCCGGCCCUGUCCUGCUGUGGAGUCCCUCAAAGGUCAAGGUAUGACUCUCUCCCAAUCCUCUCUGUGCAUCAACGGAAGCCACGUCUAUGGAUCCGAGCCGGUGGGUCCCAAGGGCUCAGGCACCCUUCCAUCCAAGCUGGUCCUCCUCGAGAAGUGCUCCCCUCUCUCUCGUUCGCUGCAGAACCUGACAAAGCGGAGCGAGGACAAGGGUUCCGCCGGCGAGGGCCGGCGCUGGUCCUUCGACAAGGUAAAGAAGGAAGAGAAGGAUGAGGAGAAGGAGGCCGUACCUCCUGUCUCCCAGGUUCAAAGUGCUCGGGUGGGGUGUCGGCCGGUGCAGGCAGCAGCCCCGAUGCUGUCUUCCACUACCACAGUGGACUCAGCAGACAAAGGGAAGAAGCUCAGAAAAACAUUAUUCUCUGGAGGGAGGAGUGAUUCUCUACCUGCCAAGUCGGAGCUGAGCCAGGGUUCUCCUCCCCCCGAGGGGAGACUGCGAGGCUGGUUUGGCUCCAGUGACUCCCAGAACAAGCCAAGCCCCCACCCAGUGAAACCCUUGACCACCACAGCCAGUCAGGGGGAGAAGAAAGAGGGCCGGUCAGUUCUGGAGAAGCUCAAGUCUUCCAUCCACCCAGGCCGCGCUGCCCAGCAGACACUGGCUGUGGCUGAGACUGAGAAGAAGAUUGAGGAAUCGUUAGCAGACAGCUCUGCGCAGUACGAGCAGCUGACCAACAUGGAGCUGAUUUCCCUUCUGCUGCAGCAGGAGAUGGAUAUGGAGAAGCAGCAGGUGGCCUCCGACCAGCAGGCGGCGAUGCUGGAGAAACACGAGGCGGAGCUGAAGAAGAUCAAGGCACAGGUGCGCGACCUAGAGGACUACAUCGACAAGCUGCUGGUGCAGAUCAUGGAGCAGACACCCACACUCCUCCAAGUGCGCUCCCGACACAAGUGACCACUAGGGCUAGUGUGUGCACUUAUAAUCAGUAUAAUAUAGGGCCAUGAUCCCCAUCAAACCCUGGUCCUGGAGAGCUACUAGGAUGACCAGGCUAUUGUUCCAGCUCAGUCCCUAUAAUAGUGCAUUUAACUAGGUUUGGUGGUCAGUUGUUUAGCCAAAUCAGGUGUUAUAGUGCAGGCCUGAAACAAAAGCCUGCACAUCCAAGUAGUUCUUUACGACCAGGGUUGGUUGCCAGUAUUCCAGGGUCAGGUGUAGUCCACACAUCCCUAAGCAAAUACUAAAUCUCACAACCAUCCAGGUUUCACUGCUGAUACCCUGCCCUGUUGAUAUAGACAAAAUAUUACCCAUGUGCAUGCUUACUAUUGCUUAUAUUUGGUAGGAUCAGGCCGCAAGUAAUAAUCAGAAACUGCAGUAAUAGCAAAUAUUAUUAUUAUUAUUACACUCGCUACUUAGGAUAAGGAAAGUGACAGCUUUUGUCAAAUGUACUGCAUUAGAAUUCUUAUAAAUGUGCAUUGAUGAAGAAAACAGAAAAUGUCUUCCUGUUCAUAAAGUGUACAGUAAAUGUAAUAUUCCGUGGUAUAAAUUGGUCUUACAUGAUUGCCUCAAAUUCAGAAAACAUUUAAGUGUUUGAAUUAGUAUGAUAUGGACCCAAAUUAUCUUCAUCAUGGUAAAUACUGUAAUUAUUUGGCAAAAGACUCAAAAACACUCAAGGAGAAUUCCACUGAACUAAAAUGUGUUUACAUGGAGAAAGAUUAACUUGAGCUAGUGUCAUAUUGUGUAAAUUAUUAUAAAAAAAUAUAUAAAAAUGAAAAUGCAUGAAAAAGACUGCGAUGUCUGAAACAGACUGCUUUGAGGGAAAUUCCGCUGAACUCCAAUUUGUUAAAAUGGAGAAAGAUUAACUUGAGCUAGUGUCAUAUUUUGUAAAUGAUUAUUUAAAAAAAUAUACAAAAUUAUAUAUAUCUGAAAAGAAUAUAUAAGAAAACAUUGUGCAAAUAGAUAAACAUUUGGUAAGAGAACAAUGAUUUAUUCUACGAAGCUGCUGUAUGAAAAGCCAAAACUAACAAGCACUUAUGAUUUUUCUCCUAUUUAAGAAAUAGAAAAACUCAUUUUCAUUUUGCAACAUAUGCAACAGAUUUCUCUCAACAUGAAUUUGAGAAUGUAUGCAAGUUGAAAUAUCCUCGGCUUUGAUAUAAUUGACUAUUCAUUGAUGAAGUGUGUGCAAAGAAUAAAGUGACACAAAUGUUCAUGUGAUAAGGUAGGUACUACAAUGAAUUCAAAGGCUUUGAUUUAUGCUAAGUUAGGUAUAUUUUCACGUUUUGGUUUCAUUUGCAAAGAGAAUGUAUACAAUUACAUAUAUUGUUUUGGCAUAUUAUUUUUGUAUGACAUUGCCAGUAUUAUGGUAUUAUUUAGUACAGUACCUCAAUACAGUACUAUAAUUUAAAUGCUAUUCAUGACCUAAGCACUGUAACAUGUAAAAUAAAGACAGUUGCUCAUCAAUUUCA